AUGGCGGACGCCGCCCUCCCAUAUCAUGAACCCGGGAUCAUCACAAUCCUGAUUCAAUCAUCCUUCCUUCUGAUUUUGAACAUUCUAGGCUUUGCCCUGGACCACAUUUCUUAUUGCGGCCUUGUAGGCCAAGUCCUCAUUGGAAUGGCGUAUGGAACGCCUGGCUUGAAACUGUUGCCCCAUGCAUUUGAGGAGGUGGCAACUCAGCUUGGAUACCUGGGCUUGAUUGCUAUUGUCUUCGAGGGCGGAUUGGCGACUUCAGCUAAAUCACUUGGGAACUCCCUUAUACUGUCUAUAUGUGUGGCUCUCACUGGAAUAUGUCUCCCAAUGGCCCUAUCUUUCGCUCUCAUGGGAAUUUCGAAUGCAACAAGGUUGCAAGCCUUCGCAGCCGGAGCUGCGCUAUGUUCAACGAGCCUAGGCACCACCUUCAGCCUCCUAAAGACGACAAGUCUAACGAUGAGUCGCUUAGGAACGGUCUUGAGCAGCGCCGCGAUGCUGGAUGAUGUUGUUGGGCUGAUCAUGGUUCAAGUCAUAACCAAUCUGGGAUCCGGCCAGACGUCUAUUUCAGCUGCUACGGUGAUACGCCCUAUUUUCGUAUCUCUUGGUUUCGCAAUCGUUCUACCGGUCGUCUGCCAAUUCUUGGUGAAGCCAAUGCUACCUUACUGCUCGGUCGCUUCGGGUAAAUUGAAAGGGAAAUACCCUGCGAAGACGCUGGGCUUAGAGGUGAAGGUUCCCUUCCUUUUCCGGACGGCGUUUUUGGUGGCCUUGAUUACUGCGGCGAGCUAUGCAGGCACAUCAAACCUAUUUGCUGCCUAUCUUGCAGGAGCUGCUAUCUCCUGGCUAGACGAAAUUAGUCGACGGCGAAUAGAUACCGGAUUCCAGAGAGCGUCUCAAGAGACGCCAAAAGAUCAGAUGGAUCCGGCAAAAGCGACCCCUGGCACUUCGUCUGUAAAUUUCGCCGCCGCUCGGAAUGCCAGCGAAAUUCCUGGUUCAUCGGUGGAGAAACUACAAAGCAACAAGCCACAGGCAUCGAAACCGUCCUUGGAACUCACUCCGCCUCCAGAGGAUUCAAAAGUGACAAGCGCUGUCGAACGAAAUGCAGGAUCGGCCGAUAUCCCCGACCCACUGAAGGUGGAGAGCCGCAGCCUGCAGAUGUACAAUCAUUACUAUGCACCCGCUGUAGAGCGCAUUUUGAAACCAUUUUUCUUCGCUUCCAUCGGCUUUUCCAUUCCGAUCACCAAGAUGUUCCGGGGCCCUGUCAUCUGGCGCGGUCUUGUUUACGCAACGUUUAUGGCUGUCGGCAAGCUCUUCUGCGGCAUGUGGCUCAUCCGCUUCUUCAACCCCUCGUCCACAACAUCGCUAUCUCCUCGUCCACGGCCUGCUACGGAAUCCGACAAACAGGACAAGAACACGAAGCAGGCUAAGAGCAAGACAGCCUUGCGUGAAAGGUUCCUCCCUCGUCCGAAAUCUCUGUACCCGGCGUCUAUUUUAGGCUGCGCAAUGGUCGCGCGAGGCGAGAUUGGAUUCCUCAUCUCGGCCCUAGCGGCGACAAACGGUAUCUUCGCUAGUAAAAGCGAGGCCGGGAACGCAGCAGCAGCCGCCGGGGAUGCUGCCGGUCUCGUGUCAGAUCUAUACUUGAUUGUCACAUGGGCGAUUCUCCUCUGCACCAUCGUCGGACCGCUGGCUCUGGGGUUUCUGGCGAAGCGCGUCAAGAGGCUUCAGGAUGAGAGGGCUCGAGAUGGAGGUCAUGGGACAAAGGAGGAUCCGCUAGGCAUCUGGGGAGUGAAUUAA